AAUGUUUAAGCGCAGAGACCAGAGCGCGGAAGUGCAUGUAGGCUACUAUGAAUGUGAUACCGAAAGUAAACUUCUGCUCGAGUUAAAACUCCAGCUUGAAAGACACUUAGCACGUCAAAAUGACACAUCGAAAAGAUGAUAUUAUGAAACUUUGCUGUGAAAUCUCCGCAAAUAAGAAGAUAAAAGCAGCAUUUAAAAGCUCAGCGAAAGGAGCUGCAGUUGCUGGUGGAGGUGCUUUUGUUGGAGGUCUGAUCGGAGGUCCAGCUGGUAUAGCUGUUGGUGCUGCUUUGGGGGGUGCGCUGGGAGGAUGGAUGACAAGUGGCCAGUUCAAACCACUUCCUGAGAUCCUCAUGGAGCUGGCUCCUACACAGCAGGAGAAACUGUACUCUGAUAUCAUGGCCGUAGUGGGUACAUUGAAAUGGACUGACCUCGCUCAAUUAAUUGCUCAAGUUAAUGGGAAUGCCUCUCUACAUGAGCAGGUUCUGGCUGCUAUACUCAGUUAUACUAAAACACAGCUCAAAGCUGAAGUGCGGUAUGAAGAUUGAAUUUAACUUCAUUUAGUUACACUUUUAAGUUAAUUAUUGCAUUUAAACUAAUGACUGUUGGCAUUUUGUUAGCAAGUUGACUAGUUCAAAAUAUCUUCUGAUGUCAGAGACUAUAGGACGGGAUAAUGUGAGAGACCAAGAAUGGUUAAAACACUGGGCUAUUUGUAACAGAACUAGUUCCAGUGUUUGGGACAAGCUAUUUGUUGCUAGUUUACAUUCUUUAUGUCACAAGUGAAAUUUUAAUAAAGCACUAUAAAGGAUGUCACUAUGGCAAAGUAGACCUUGCAAAAAUAUUAUAGGCCCAGUCCUACAUGUUUUGGUCAGACAGUUUACAUUUUUGACAAUGUCAUAUUAUAGGCUACUAACACACAAUACGCAAUCACGUAAAAUACACACGACCAUGUAGGUCAUUUAUUAAAAUUGUCACAAUGCAAAAUGUGUAAUUUAGGUGUCACUGCAUGUUGAAUGGACAUGAAUGUAUAAUAAAAUACAUAAUGGUGA